AUGGAUGCAUCCACCAACAGCGCUACUUUUUCUGUUGCCACCUCCGCUGCAGAAACUGUUGUUUCCACCACCAACUCUCCGCUCCACAUCAACAUGUCAAACAUCAUUAAAUCUCUGCCACCAUUUACCUUGUCUGGAGUCGACAAGACUUACCUCGCGUUUGAUCAACUGGCGCUACUUGACAAGAUUCUCGACCAUGAAGACAAGCUUGAUUACAUUCUCCAAGGGUUGCCUGAUGAGUACAAGCCGGUCGUUGAACAAACAAAGGGUCGUGAUCUCCCACCAUCACUGACUGAACUUCAUGAAAAACUCAUAAACUAUGAAGCCAAGGUUCUCAUCUCUACACCAGCGACUAUCACUCCUAUCUCUGCAAAAUAUGUCAACAACACUCGUCCUGCUCAGAAGCAAACUAAGCGUCCUCAUCAGAAUUGGAACAAUGCCUCAAACAACAGCUUUCAUCAGAACUGGACUCACGCUCCCAACAACAAUCAGCAAAGGACUUUCAGAACAUACCUUGGAAGGUGCCAGAUAUGUGGUGUCCAAGGUCAUUCAGCAAGGCGCUGCACUCAACUGCAACAGUACCAGCAGUCCACACAGCCGCCUCUCCUGCCUACACCACAGUAUCCGCAAUCAGCUUGGAACCCGAGAGCUAACAUGGCUCUUACCUCUGCUCAGCAGCUGUGGGUUCUCGACUCCAGUGCGACGCACCACAUCACCUCGGAUCUAAAUAAUCUCUCCUUGCAUCAGCCGUACACAGGUGGUGUGGUCCUCAUCGGUGAUGGCCGUGGCCUUCCAAUAUCUCAUACGGGUUCUGUCUCUCUACCUACAAACCUUAAACCUUUAUCUCUAACCAAUGUGAAAGAUCUGACCUCGGGGGCUCGGUUACUCCAAGGGCGUACAAAUGAGGGAACUAUACGAGUACAAGGCACACUUGGUCGCAAGAGGCUACACACAGUUAUCGGGAAUCGAUUACACAGAAACUUUCAGACAACAAUACGGUUGGUGUUAGAUAUUGCUGUGAGUUGCUCCUGGCCUAUCAAACAACUCGACGUAAAUAACGCCUUUCUUCAAGGUACUCUUACAGAGGAACUCUACACAAUCCAACCUCCUGGCUUUGUCGACAUAGAUCAUCCCACUAAUGUAUGUCGUCUUCACAAGGCUCUGUAUGGUCUGAAACAAGCCCCCAGGGCCUGGUAUCUUGAACUCAACAACUUUCUCAUACAGUCUGGUUUUGUUAAAUCUCUCGCUGACACCUCGCGUUUCAUUCUCAAACGAGAAACGAGUCUUAUCUACAUGCUCAUUUACGUAGACGACAUCGUCGUAACUGGUAAUGACUCUGCUCUCCCGCAACAUACACUGGACUCUUUGGCUACUCGAUUCUCUGUAAAAGAACCGGAGGACCUUAACUAUUUUUUAGGGAUUGAAGCACACAGAACAGCUUCGGGUUUACAUUUAACUCACAUGAGGUAUAUUCUCGAUCUUCUCUCCCGCUUCAAGCUCCUCAACGCUCAUCCUGUCUCAACACCGAUGGCCACACACCCUGAACUCUCUAUCAACUACAGGACCAGACUCUCUAAUGCAACAGAGUAUCGAUCAGCAGUUGGCAGACUACAAUAUUUGGCUUUCACACGCCCGGAUAUCUCGUAUGCUGUCAACAAAUUAUCCCAGUUUAUGCAUGCUCCUACACUGGAUCACUGGCAAGCAGCUAAGCGUGUCUUGAGAUAUCUAACCGGAACAGCCUCCCAUGGUCUCUACUUCAGUCGCAACAACUCCUCCUCUCUACACGCUUACUCAGAUGCUGACUGGGAUGGAGAUGCUGACGGCUUCAUCUCCACCAAUGCAUACAUCAUUUAUCUUGGCAAACAUCCGAUAUCCUGGUCUUCCAAGAAACAUAAAGGUGUUGCCCGCUCAUCAAAUGAAGCUGAAUAUCGGUCAGUGGCUAAUACUUGA